CUCUCAGUCACAUUCAAAUUCCUAUUGAUAUUUCGUUACACUAUAUGCAUGUAACGAAUGUCAAUGUUUUGAUUUAAACUUUAAAGAUACCAUAGAUUGGUAAAAUAGAAUUAAAUUAAUUUAAAAAUAUAUAUUAUUUAUUAUGACGGCUCGAGACGAAACGAAAGGAGGACACGUCACGUAAAGGUAAAAAGUAAUCAUUUUUUGUUUUCUCUCUCACUCCUCUCUGUUGCGCCAGUACUUUUUACGAUUAUUUAUUGUUGUUAAAGGUAGCGCUCUAUCGUUUUAAGGUCUCGCUGUUCGCGGUUCGCCCUUUGUUGGGUCAGUCAAAAGUUCGACACGACAUCGUCGACAACGCCGUCACCCGUGCAUGUAUAAUAAUAGUUACAUGCAUCUGUAAGACAGUUUUUCCUUUUUUUUGUUAGAUAUUAUUUUUUAUUUUCAUUAAAUUUUAUUAUUACGUUAUAUACGAUUUUUAAUUAAAAUAUCCAUGCACUGUUAAACCGUGAAGCUUAUUAUUUACCUAUUUUAAUUAAAUUACAAUUUUUUUUUGGCCAAUUCUUCCAACACCUCAAUGUCUGGCUGUCAUUUUAGAAAUUGCGUCCCAAUCGCCAGCAAUGGAAGAUGAUAAAGGAGAAGGCCAUAGACGGUUGUUCUUCCAUCGGGACCAUCGAUAGCGAAGUGUUUACGAUUGGGAGGACAUUUUAAGAGACACUCGAGAUGAUGGACUAUGACGGAAGCGAAUAUUCUAUACUGUUCGGUAUCCGUCAGGUACCGUGUGAUGAAUAACUCGAGCAAAAGUUUCUUCAGAUGGAUUAUUUCAGAAAUAUUCUGCUGCUGGAAACAACAGAACGAACUUUCCGAAAACUUGGCCGUGAGUUACACGGAGAUAACGCACUCAAACACAGCAGACGUACUGGAACUGCAACCACUUACGCUGCGGAACUACGUGAACUCGCUGGAGCCGUACAAUCCGGAAGUGCACGGCUGGAGGGACACCACGCCACCCGUUAUGCGAUCUGUCAAGCACAGCGAGCGGGCUACGCAGUUGGUGACAGCCAUCCGUAUGUCAGGGCUACAGGACAUCGAAAUACUAGGCGUGCCCGAUGGACACAGCUAACGACGGCGUUUGCCGACACCGUCCCGUACGUCCAGACGCCGUCGUGAAUCUUGUACAUACGACAACACCGUACCACGAAGUGUAAUAUUGUUUAUUGAUAAUAAAAAAAUCGUUUUAUCUGUU